AUGGAAACGAAGAUGGGAGCCUACAAGUAUGUGCAAGAGCUCUACCGGAAGAAGCAGUCAGAUGUCAUGCGCUACCUGCUUCGUAUCCGAUGUUGGCAGUAUAGACAACUCAACACUCUUCAUCGUACUCCUCGUCCUUCACGACCAGAUAAGGCACGACGCCUUGGGUAUCGUGCAAAGCAAGGCUUUGUGAUAUAUCGUAUUCGUGUGAGACGAGGAGGACGCAAGAAGCAAGUACCAGGAGGGCGUACGAGUGGGAAGCCCACAAAUCAUGGUGAGCGCGUGGGUCGUCGUGUGAAGGCACUGCGGGUCAUGAACUCCUACUGGGUAGGACAAGACUCCACCUACAAAUUCUAUGAGGUCAUUCUCAUUGAUCCCUUCCAUAAGGCUGUACGUCGUGAUCCAAGUCUACGAUGGCUCUGCUUGCCCGUGCAGAAGCACAGGGAGCUGCGUGGAAAGACAUCUGCCGGACGCAAGUCUCGGGGGCUUGGCAAGGGACAUCGGUUCUCCCAGACCAUUGGAGGUUCCAGGCGUGCCGCAUGGAAGCGCCGCAACACGCUCCAUAUGCGACGCAAGCGUUAAUAGCCAUCUUCCAUCUCUCUCCCCCCCCUUGUUCUCACUUCACCAUCCAAUAUAUGAUGCUCUGUUUGGAAAUAUAAGAGAUGGCUUGAACGACA